AUGAUAAAUAUGAACAAGCAUGCAUAUCAGGAAGGAAAAUCAACAGAAACAACUCUUGACGAAGUAGUUCAGAAACUCUCCAUGAGUACUAGAGAGACUGCAUUAGCAGCCGUUCUAGAUAUAGAAGGUGCAUUUAAUAAUGCGCUACCAAAUUAUCUUUAUGAUGCAGGAGUAUCAAAAGAGAUAUCCGCUACCGUAUACAAUUAG